CAGUCCAGUUGAGCUGAAGGUCGAGUCCUGGUGUACUGUGUUGAGUCAACUUGGUCUGUUAUAUUCAGGAUGAAUCUGUCUUUUCUUAUGUUGUGUGUGCUGCUGUCUGCCACCAGCUGCUCAGCUAACAAAGGUGUGCAGACUGGCAUUCGCUUAGCAACAGGAUCUCAGUCAGUGAGUCUUCAGCCCUGGCUGUUGGGUCUGACAGCUGUAGUUGGUUUCCUCUUCAUCGUCUUCACCAUCCUGAUCGUUCGCAGGCUACUCAGGAAGAACAGGGAGGAUGAAGAGGAAUGGGGUUAUGACAACAAGGCUAUAGAGAUGGAUGGAGGUGAUACUAAACAAACCAGUCUGUAGAAACCCAACUGAAGAGCACCACUGCCAUCAAAUUAAAGUCAUCUGCUCACUUCUGACAUGCCAGUACUUUUUCACUGAAAAAGUGGCUGCAUUAAAUUCACUUUUGUUAUGAAAAGGCUGUCAUAUCCAUUAACAAUGUCUGUUGUGUGUGUUGUUGUAUUAAAUAUGAAGUGGCCCGA